GGUAAGAGUUAACUAUGUUUUUCCAAAAAUAGGGUGAGACUUACGGUAAAUGCACUAUGGACAUUUCCCUAAGUGUCAGAGAGGGGAUUUAUUGGAAUGAAGUACCACGAGAAGGUUAAAAAUUCACUGCAGUACAAGACAAACAAAAGAACUUAUGAAAGACUUGAGAAUAACCAAUCCUGCAGUACAUGAGAGCCAUGACCCGAGAAGUGAAGAGCAGGAGGACACUAUAAAUCAAAUUACAAAGCCAAAGAACAACUUUGUGUGCUUCCAGUGCUCAUUAGCAUAGUAAAAUCCCUGCCCACAGGCUGUGAUCACCCUUUACUCACAUAAGCCUCUUCCCCACAGAGCAGGAGCAGUAAAUGAAACGUGCAGGGUCUCUUUAAAUGAGGCUGCAAAGCCAAUGGCUGUACUAGCUGUGGUUAGCUGUAAGGAAAUGCUGAUUUCUGUUGCUUCCAAUGUGUAAAAAUGGGACCUGGCAUGCUGAGAGUGUGUCAGCUUUGAUUCACUACCCAGCACCCAUCUCUGCCUACAUGCGAAAUAACAUCGUUACCUCGACUCAGAGGGUGAAUCUGCUUCUUGCCCACGGGGUGGAAGAUCCCAGAUUAGGGAUUGCAGGAAGAGGGAGCGGCCGGAGCUGUGAGGAGCCCCUGCUGUCCCGGCAUGGUGACACGGUGGCACUGCCAGCUCACACAGCAGCUCCUCUGCACCCCCGCCAAGGCGCUGGGCAGGGGCAGGGCACGGAGAGCUCCCCAGCAGAGCAUUUCCCUGCCGGCAGUGCCCCGUCGGGCUGAGCUGAGGCAGCCGGAGCCGGCUCCGGCCGUGCGGAUCCCGCCUCGGCCCGGCGGGCUCUUAUCAGGGCCUGCAGCAGCAGGAAGCAGCUCGGCCGCAGGCCCAGCGAGAGCAGAUCCUGCUCCCCAGCCCUUCCGCUCCCGGCGAAGUCCUGAGUCCUCCCCAGUCCCUCGCCUCUCCUCGGGGUCUGCAGGGACCCCAGGAGCGGCACAAAGCUCACCAGGGAAGGGGUGAGCACAGUCCCAGCGGGGCCGUGGCGGUGCCUUGGCCUCUCCCAAGGCAAAGCCCAGCCAGCGCAGCUGAGACCCUGGCAGGGCGAUCCUCCCCUCUGAUGUGAGCUGCCACCUCACUGCAGUAAAAUUUAUUAUCAGGUACCCAGCACUCUGUUAGAUUGCAGGGCAGUGGAUAUUGCAAAUAUCACUCUCACCUCUUAUAGACCUUGGAGAGAGCUUAUAAUGGGAAUGUGAAGGCUGGGGAGAGCAAUGAGAAAACAGAUAUUUCUGUGACAGCUCGGAGAAGCAGAGGGACAAGGGUUAAAUCCAGUGAUGUGUCCUUCCUACGAUUCAGAUGAGGAGGAGGAGGAACUAAUUGGCUGAAGAUAAGGGCAGUGCCAAACUGGGCCAUGAAUAUACACCUGCAAGACAAACAGGAGAGCAGAUAUUCAAGAGUUUCACCUAAGGCUGAUGAGCCCUCAGGGAAGAUAAUGGGGGAAAAAUUUUCCAGCAGUAUCCAGUUCCAGAGGACAUAAAAGGCAAGUCCAAGCUGGGUUUGCUGCACUGGAGGAGCACAGAGGGACCCCGAGGGACCCCCCCGGGGCACAGCCUGGUGAGCUGGGGCAGGGCUUCAGGAGUGCAGGCAGGUGAGCUGCCCUUCCCAGCCCGUGAAACACACCCUCCCUGCCCUGCCGCAGUGCCUCAGUGAGGGCUCUGCAGCUCCCUGUGCUUUCCUCUGCUGCGUACAGGGUUCCUCUCACCCCUCCCAGACUCAGGUGUGGGAGCUGGGAGAUUGUUGUGAUCCCAUCAUGGCUCUGCCAGGCUGGGGGCAACCAGCCCCUCUUUCCCCCAGCUCCAUGUAUUUUAUCUUAGUACUGCUUUUCCCAGGAAAAGUUCUGAUUAUCACCAGGGUUUCUGAGUGGCAUGGCCUGAGACAGGGUCAGCUUGCGGGGCGGGUCUCCUUGCAGCUCUCACUGACACCUUUGCUCCCGGGUGUCCAGCCACACUUCUCCUGUGUUUGGGCUUUCAGGAGCCUUCCCCCCAAUGCUGGCCAGGAAGAAAUCCUUCACCAGUGCCAUCGUCGGGGCGCUGGUGGCACUUUCCAUCAUUGCCCUGGUUCUCAGCCUAGUCAGGGUUGAAGAUGUGAUGCUGCCACCCACGGUCAAGUAUGGGAUGGUGUUUGAUGCGGGCUCAUCCCACACCUCUCUGUUUGUCUACGAGUGGGAUUCAGACAAGGAGAACGACACUGGAGUGGUCAGCCAGACCUUGUCCUGUGAUGUGCAGGGGCAAGGCAUAUCAAGCUAUGCCAGCAACCCCCCUGAAGCUGGCAAUUCCCUAAGGGAGUGCUUGGAUAAAGCCCUGCAGGUUAUUCCUGCUGAGAAGCAGAGGGAUGUACCAGCUUAUCUUGGAGCAACGGCUGGCAUGAGGCUACUGAGAGAACAGAACAGCUCAGCAACAGAGCAAGUCCUGGCUGAGGUUGCUAAAACCAUGCAGGAGUACCCUGUGUCUUUCAAAGGAGCUCGGAUCCUUACAGGAGAGGAAGAGGGGGCCUAUGGCUGGAUCACUAUCAACUACCUGCUGGACUCCUUCACCAAGUACUCUCCCAAAGCGCACACGUGGCUUCAUCCGGAGGCAGCCAGCAUUUUUGGGGCACUGGAUCUUGGAGGAGCAUCCACUCAAAUCACCUUUAUGCCCAAAGGUUCGGUACUGAGCCAGAAUGAAGCCUCUGAGUUCACCCUGUAUGGGUACAGCUACAACAUCUACACUCACAGCUACCUCUGCUACGGGCAGGACGAGAUGCUGAAGCGGCUGGCGAAGGAAUUAAUUGUGGUGAGAGGUUACUGGGACCUCACACGAGUCCACCACCCCUGCUACCCAAAGGGCUACAAGGAGACCGUGUCGCUGUCCUCCUUCCGCGCCAGCCCCUGCACGGACGGCAGCGACCCGCGCCUGCCCCUGGGCGACAGCACCGUCACCCUGGAGGGCAGGGGCAGCGCCGGCGCCUGCCUGGCAGCGCUCAGGAAGCUCUUCAACUUCUCGGCGUGCGGCCAGAGCCAGGAGUGCGCCUUUGACGGCGUCUCCCAGCCCCCGCUCCGGGGGCAGUUCAUUGCUUUCUCUGCCUUCUACUAUAACUUCAAGUUCCUGAACCUGACGGAGGGGCAGCCGCUGGCCGUGGUCAGAGAGGCCAUCGAGGGGCUCUGCACAAGGAGCUGGGAGGAUCUGUCUUCCAGCUACCCCAAAGAGAAUCCCAAGCGACUGCCAAAAUACUGUGCCAACUCCAACUACAUCCUCACACUCCUCCUCGAUGCCUACAAGUUCAACGAGACCAGCUGGAACAACAUCUUCUUCCAGAUGAAGGCGGGGGGUGCCGAUGUGGGCUGGACGCUGGGGUACAUGCUGAACCUCACCAACAUGGUCCCGGCCGAGGCUCCAGCCACGCUGAAGGGCCACAGGUCUUCCCUGUGGGCUGCAGCCAUCACCUUCAUCAUCCUCACCCUCGUCUUGGGGCUUGCUGCCCUGCUCCUGCAGCUGUGGGUGUAGGAGCCUGGCCGUGUUUGGGAGCCCAGCAGGGACAGGCUGGGGCUGCAGGGCUGUGCUGGAGUCCCCAUGCUCCUGCCUGUGGAACUGAGCCCAGGGCUGGGUCUAUGCUGCUGAGCAUAGUGACCUCUCCAGCUCCAGAGAACUGGGGUCUGCUUUUCCAUGGGCCUGGCCCCCAACAUGCAGACAGGCACUCUCUGAGGUUUCCAGAGGAGCUUCACUCCCAUGGAGACACAAUGGGGUCAGCCUGCAGAAGCCUCAGCCAAGCCUGUGUGCCUCCUGUCAGUGCUCUGCAUGUUACAGACGUGGCUCCAUCACACCAGCUGGCCCUGGGGCUCUGAGGGGCCAGCCUGGCCAUGGGGCAGUGCCCCAGUGCCAGCCUGGUGGGGCAUGGUGCAGGCACCUGGGGACAGGGUGCUCCAUGGAAUGCCAGCUCUGAGCAUGGUCACCAAGAGCCAGGCGGGUCCCUGCCAGGUCUGCCAGCCUGAGGGAUGCUCUGUGGGACCCCAGCUGGCCCUGUGGAGGGUCUGUGGCUGGGGCUUACGUGGAGAUGGUCUUGGAGAAAGAACACUGAGCACCCACAGUCAGAAGUGUGGUCCAUGCCCCUCCAGAGAGUCCA